UAAAAAAAAUAUUUAAAAAAAGUUCCAAAAAACAAUACAUUACCAAUGAAUGCAUGUUUGGAAAAUGAUUAUGAAGAUUUCAAUUCCAAAGAAGAACUCGUAAGAUGGGAAAUCUCAAAAUUGUGCAAUAGCCAACCAGUUGUUGACUCAACUGAUCGACCAGGACCAUCGAAAAAAACUAAACUUUCUACAACACGUAAAAACAUGCUUGAGUUUGUUGCCUCCACCAGUUUUGAAGAACUACCUGAUGACGAUCUUCAAAAGGAAAUUCAGGCAUACUUUGAUGCGCCAAAUGAGGAAACAGAAUGUUUGGACUGGUGGGAAAGAAAACAAGAGAUAUAUCCGAGUGUAGCAAAAUUGGCAGACUUAUGUUUUGGAAUCCCAGCUACUUCUGCCUCCUCAGAGGAAGCUUUCUCUGUAGCAGGAGUCUGUAUUAUAGCAAAACGUAGCCGUGUAAAUUCCUUCACAAUUAAAAAGCAGUUAUUUGUGCAUGAUAAUCAUCAUCUGGUAGAUCCAGUAUUAAAUGCUGCUUAAAACGUUUAUUUUAUUACUAA